AUGAAGGCACCACAGUUUCUCUGUGGGAUUUGCUUACUCCAAAUACAUCACAGAGGAAAGAGGAGAGAUCUUGUCCAGCAGUUCAAAGCUGGAACUCUCACCAUCGAACACUUCUUGGAAAUCAUCUUGUCCAUCAUUCAGCAAAAAACCGCAACAACAAUCACAACAAUCACAAAGACUACUGAGGAAAAAACCUUUAAGGGAAUCAGAAAAGAUGUCAACUUGACUGAACUAGUUGAAUCAAAAAUUAUUGAUGAGGAACUCUACAAGAAAAUUGUUGAUGAAGACGUCACAGUGGUCAGCAAAAUGGAUUCAGUACGUAAAUACCUUGAAGGAACCAACAGCAUUGCAGGAGUGUACAUCCAGUCCACCAAGGAGACGCUGAGCAUCUAUGAAGCCAAAGGCCGAGGUCUACUGACUCCAGGCACCUCUCUGGUUUUGCUGGAAGCCCAAGCAGCCACUGGUUUCAUGAUCGACCCAGUAAAGAACAAGAAACUUUCUGUAGAGGAAGCUGUUGGUCAGAGACUGGUUGGUAAAGAAUGGAAGGACAAACUGAUUUCAGCAGAAAGGGCAGUCACAGGAUACAAAGAUCCCUACACUGGAAACACAAUUUCUUUGUUCCAGGCCCUGAAGAAAGAUCUGAUUGUUAAGGAUCACGGGAUCCGUCUUCUGGAGGCGCAGAUUGCAACAGGAGGAAUAAUAGAUCCAGUCCACAGUCACAGGGUGCCUGUACAGGUGGCAUACCAAAGAGGUUACUUUGAUGAAGAGAUGAACCAGAUCUUAACUGAUCCAGACGAUGACACCAAGGGUUUCUUUGACCCCAACACCAAGGAGAACCUUACAUACCUCCAGCUGAUCGAAAGGUGUAUUACAGAUCCUGCCACAGGUCUCAGUUUACUGGUCGUUGUGAAGAAAGGCGAGUUCUACUUCUUUGUUGACGAGGCCACAAAGGUCAUCCUAAAGUCUACAACAACAACCAAAGCUGGAGGAAAAUAUGAAGGCACCACAGUUUCUCUGUGGGAUUUGCUUUACUCCAAAUACAUCACAGAGGAAAAGAGGAGAGAUCUUGUCCAGCAGUUCAAAGCUGGAACUCUCACCAUCGAACACUUCUUGGAAAUCAUCUUGUCCAUCAUUCAGCAAAAAACCGCAACAACAAUCACAACAAUCACAAAGACUACUGAGGAAAAAACCUUUAAGGGAAUCAGAAAAGAUGUCAACUUGACUGAACUAGUUGAAUCAAAAAUUAUUGAUGAGGAACUCUACAAGAAAAUUGUUGAUGAAGACGUCACAGUGGCCGAAGUCAGCAAAAUGGAUUCAGUACGUAAAUACCUUGAAGGAACCAACAGCAUUGCAGGAGUGUACAUCCAGUCCACCAAGGAGACGCUGAGCAUCUAUGAAGCCAAAGGCCGAGGUCUACUGACUCCAGGCACCUCUCUGGUUUUGCUGGAAGCCCAAGCAGCCACUGGUUUCAUGAUCGACCCAGUAAAGAACAAGAAACUUUCUGUAGAGGAAGCUGUUGGUCAGAGACUGGUUGGUAAAGAAUGGAAGGACAAACUGAUUUCAGCAGAAAGGGCAGUCACAGGAUACAAAGAUCCCUACACUGGAAACACAAUUUCUUUGUUCCAGGCCCUGAAGAAAGAUCUGAUUGUUAAGGAUCACGGGAUCCGUCUUCUGGAGGCGCAGAUUGCAACAGGAGGAAUAAUAGAUCCAGUCCACAGUCACAGGGUGCCUGUACAGGUGGCAUACCAAAGAGGUUACUUUGAUGAAGAGAUGAACCAGAUCUUAACUGAUCCAGACGAUGACACCAAGGGUUUCUUUGACCCCAACACCAAGGAGAACCUUACAUACCUCCAGCUGAUCGAAAGGUGUAUUACAGAUCCUGCCACAGGUCUCAGUUUACUGGUCGUUGUGAAGAAAGCAGAAAGGGCAAAGAAAGGCGAGUUCUACUUCUUUGUUGACGAGGCCACAAAGGUCAUCCUAAAGUCUACAACAACAACCAAAGCUGGAGGAAAAUAUGAAGGCACCACAGUUUCUCUGUGGGAUUUGCUUUACUCCAAAUACAUCACAGAGGAAAAGAGGAGAGAUCUUGUCCAGCAGUUCAAAGCUGGAACUCUCACCAUCGAACACUUCUUGGAAAUCAUCUUGUCCAUCAUUCAGCAAAAAACCGCAACAACAAUCACAACAAUCACAAAGACUACUGAGGAAAAAACCUUUAAGGGAAUCAGAAAAGAUGUCAACUUGACUGAACUAGUUGAAUCAAAAAUUAUUGAUGAGGAACUCUACAAGAAAAUUGUUGAUGAAGACGUCACAGUGGCCGAAGUCAGCAAAAUGGAUUCAGUACGUAAAUACCUUGAAGGAACCAACAGCAUUGCAGGAGUGUACAUCCAGUCCACCAAGGAGACGCUGAGCAUCUAUGAAGCCAAAGGCCGAGGUCUACUGACUCCAGGCACCUCUCUGGUUUUGCUGGAAGCCCAAGCAGCCACUGGUUUCAUGAUCGACCCAGUAAAGAACAAGAAACUUUCUGUAGAGGAAGCUGUUGGUCAGAGACUGGUUGGUAAAGAAUGGAAGGACAAACUGAUUUCAGCAGAAAGGGCAGUCACAGGAUACAAAGAUCCCUACACUGGAAACACAAUUUCUUUGUUCCAGGCCCUGAAGAAAGAUCUGAUUGUUAAGGAUCACGGGAUCCGUCUUCUGGAGGCGCAGAUUGCAACAGGAGGAAUAAUAGAUCCAGUCCACAGUCACAGGGUGCCUGUACAGGUGGCAUACCAAAGAGGUUACUUUGAUGAAGAGAUGAACCAGAUCUUAACUGAUCCAGACGAUGACACCAAGGGUUUCUUUGACCCCAACACCAAGGAGAACCUUACAUACCUCCAGCUGAUCGAAAGGUGUAUUACAGAUCCUGCCACAGGUCUCAGUUUGUUAUUAUUAAAAAAAUAAAUCAAGUUGAAAAUAACAAGUGAAUUUUUGUCACUUUCAGUCUGAAUUUUAUUGCCAUUCAUCCAUUAGAGAAACUUAUUUCAUUUCACCAGACCUGAAAUCCAAUCCAGCAUCGUAUCUGUGAUGGAAAAUUUCUGUGUUUUUGUUAGUCAUAAAUUACAGCUGUGAUCAAGAGGAAGCUUUAACUCUUUUCAUAAGUACUCAAAUGUCAAAGGGAAAGUUAAGAUUAAAGGGACUUGUUUUUGUGUCUAUUAUCUAAUAAUUUUUUUGCUAACUGUUUAAAUGGGUUGCACUUUUUGUUUGUCUUGGAAAUGCUAGUUAUUGUUGAUCUGUGAUGCAAUCAGAUGGUUCUCUUUGCAUAAAAUUUUCAGUUUCUU